AUGGACUGGGCUGGAGGGCUGCAGGAGCGAGCGCCAGCGCUCUCCAGCUGCUCCCCUCCGCGCGCGUCUCCGCGCCCCCACCUCCCCCUCCCCGCUCCGCCGCUGCGCGUGCCCGCGCCCGGGGCUGACUCUCCUCGCAUCCUCCUCCGGCGGCGACGGCGGCAGCGCCGGGGAUGGGCAGCGAGAGCGCGCCCAGGAGCAGCCCGGGCCCCGCCGCUCCCCCCUGCUCCCGCGCCCGCUGCUGCUCUUGCCCCGCCGCCCCCCGCGCCCCGGGGGCAGCGCCGCCGCCGCGCUACCCGCAGCCCCCGCCUCGGACGGAGAUUUACGCCUUCUGCAGGCUCUCACGUAAAGCUGCUAUAUUCUGGGAUAUAUCACAGAUGGAGGACAGUGGGUCUGGCAUGUCAGAAAUUGAUGGGGGAGGGGAUCAACAAGAAGGGAAUUUGUGAUUCUGUGGUAGAAGGAAAACCACAGAAGAGGACGGAACAAAUUAUGACAUCGACAUCUAAAGGAAUUUUCCGGCCAUUUUUUAUUAUCUUCAUUGUCCUUGGUUGUUUCAUGGCAUUGAUACUAAUUUAUAUCAAACCAACAAAUAGCUGGAUCUCUGGUCCCAUAGAAUCAGCCAGUUCAGUUUUGAAAAUGAAGAGUUUUUUUUCUUCCAAAACUGAUAAUCUUAAUGAAACUACUAUUUUGAUCUGGGUUUGGCCAUUUGGUCAAACAUUUGAUCUAACAUCCUGCCAAACAAUGUUCAAUAUCCACGGGUGCCAUCUGACUAUUGACCGCUCAUUAUAUAACAAAUCCCAUGCUGUUCUCAUUCAUCACAGGGAUAUUAGCUGGGAUCUGACUAACUUACCUCAGCAAGCCAGGCCACCAUUCCAGAAGUGGAUUUGGAUGAACUUGGAGUCUCCAACUCAUACUCCACAAAAGAGUGGCAUUGAACACCUGUUUAACCUGACCCUGACUUACCGGCGUGAUUCGGAUAUUCAGGUGCCUUAUGGCUUCAUGAUGGUCGGUACAAGCUCCUUUACAUUUGAAGUGCCAAGUAAGGAAAACUUGGUCUGCUGGGUUGUAAGUAACUGGAACCCUGAGCACGCUCGAGUCAAGUAUUACAAUGAGCUUAGCAAAUACAUUGAAAUCCAUACCUAUGGACAAGCCUUCGGAGACUACGUCAAUGACAAAAACUUGAUUCCAACUAUUUCCACUUGCAAAUUUUACCUUUCCUUUGAAAAUUCAAUCCACAAAGAUUACAUUACUGAGAAACUUUACAAUGCUCUUCUGGCUGGAUCAGUACCAGUUGUACUAGGCCCUUCCAGAGAAAAUUACGAGAAUUACAUUCCAGCAGACUCUUUCAUACAUGUGGAAGAUUUUCUCUCUCCCAGAGAGCUGGCAGAAUAUCUUCUGAUGCUUGACAAAAAUAACAAGAUGUACCUUAGUUAUUUCAACUGGAAAAAGGAUUUCUCAGUGCACCUUCCUAGGUUCUGGGAAUCACACGCAUGUCUUGCUUGUGAUCAUGUGAAAAGACACCAGGAAUACAAGUCCAUUGGAAAUUUAGAAAAAUGGUUUUGGAAUUAA